AAUUUGAGAUUACCCGGUGCAAAACCAGAUUUUGUUUCCUUUGUAUUUUGAGAAUGGAAAACCAAUUAAGAUCUUAUUCCGAUAUUGUAGGAGAAUCAUACGAUUCGGAGGGAGUACCUACUGAUACUUCAUCGGAUCAGGUUGAUAUUGAAACUACAAUAUUGAAGAUUUAUAAGAAAUUUGAAAAAAGUGCUUCUCUUGAUCCAGAACUACCAUUACUGUUUAGAAAGUCUCACAGUAGUAUAUUAAAAAAUUGGUUAAAUGGUUUGCCCAAAAGUUAUGAAUGUUUAGAUGCCAGUAGAACAUGGCUUGUAUAUUGGAUUCUGCACUCCCUUUGGCUACUAAAUGACAUGCCUGAUGCAGAAAUAUUAUCACACACAGUAAAGUUCAUAUCUAAGUGCCAACAUGAGGAGGGUGGUUAUGGUGGAGGACCUGGUCAGUUCCCCCACCUUGGUACUACAUAUGCUGCAGUUAAUGCAUUAAGUAUUAUUGGAACAGACGAAGCAUAUGACUCUAUAAAUAGGAGUUCACUCCAAAAGUUUUUAUGGACUGUGAGGGCUGUAGACGGGUCCUUCGCUCUACAUAAAGGUGGUGAACAUGAUAUCAGAGGAGCAUACUGUGCUAUAAGCAUAGCUAAAAUCACAAACAUUUACACAGAUGCAUUAUUUGAUAAAACAGCUGAAUGGAUAGUGGGGUGUCAAACAUAUGAAGGUGGAUUUGCAGGUUGUCCAGGAAUGGAAGCUCAUGGUGGAUAUGCAUUUUGUGGCUUAGCCUCUCUUGCAUUACUUAAUAGAACCACUCUUUGUGAUGUGGAUGCCUUGCUUAGGUGGUGUGUUAAUCGCCAAAUGAGAGUUGAAGGUGGAUUUCAAGGUCGCACCAACAAGUUGGUUGAUGGUUGUUACUCUUUCUGGCAAGGAGCUGCAUUCCCAAUUAUAAGUGCUAUACUAUCAAAAGAAAGCAAAGAAAUGAUCGAAACUGUAUUUUUCAACCAAGGUGCCUUGCAGGAAUAUAUUAUUACUUGUUGUCAAGCAAAUGGCGGUGGACUCAUUGAUAAACCUGGAAAGUACCGUGACAUUUACCACACGUGUUACACAUUGAGUGGGUUGUCAGUGGCACAACAUGGCACUGGACUCGAAGAUGCCUUCAUAGUCGGCGCUCCAGACAACGAGCUGAACAAAGUACAUCCUCUACAUAAUGUCGCACCACACCUUGUUUACAACGCCGUGCAUUACUUCAUAAGACACCCGCCGCCAGUCAAAGACAAAAAUUAAUAAUUAUGUCGCUUGUAAUAUUUGGCCCAAUGAUUAAAAUGUGAUCAGAGAAAGAAAGCAACAUUGUAAAUUAUUAAUUUACAAAAUUUGUAUAGUUAAUACAAUGUAUAAAUGUGAACUUGAAAAAUAUACCUAAAAAUAAUUAUAAAUUUCUUCACACCUU